UCAAUCAAAAUUCUUCACAGCCGUUUUCUCCAAGCUCUCUUAAAAGCUUCAAAUUUAAUUUGCUCAGCUCGCCGGGAACUCGCCGAAGCUCGCCGGGAAAAAGGGUAUCUCCAGCUCGCCGGGAAAAAGGGUAUCUCCAGCUCGAAGGAAAACAGGGUAUGUCCAGUUGCGUUAAUAGAGGUAACCAAUAUUUCUGAAGUUCAGAAAUGAAAAUUUCAAAUUGCACUAUUCAAGUUUAUAGGUAUUGAGUUGUUCUUCACAUGUCGACUCAAAAGUUCUACCAACCGAUAAAACAACGUUUCCCCAAUAGACCCAUUAAAGAAAUUGCCAAACUAAUCUCCCUCUUCCCCCCUUCCCAUUCUACUUGCUCAAAUUUCUUCAAUUUCAAGAAAAAUCCCAAUCUUGAAACCCAUUUAGCCGUAGUUGUAGACUUAUUAAAGUCCAAGGAGUUUGCUGAAGCCGAGAAUAUAUUGAAUGCUGUUGUUGUUACUGAUGGUCUGAGGAAACCAGUUUCAAAAAUAGCUUCUUUGUUGAGUGAGAAUUAUGUAAAGUGUAAAGUUAUAGGGAAGAUGUUUAAUAUGUUAUUUAGUGUUUAUGUUAAUAACAUGAGGUUUAGUGAAGCUUUACAAGUUUUUGAUUAUAUGAAAAAAUGGCGCUUUAGAAUUGAUGAUAGAGCUUGUAUGGUUUACUUGCUUGCUAUGAAAAGGCAAAGGCAGUAUGACUCGUUGUUCGAGUUUUUCCAUAAGAUGGUUAAGUUUAAUGUGAAAAUUACAGUUUAUUCGAUGACGGUGGUAGUUGAUGGAUUGUGUAAAAUGGGGGAGGUUUGUGAGGCUAGAAAGCUCGUGGAUGAAAUGGCUAGUACUGGGGUGAAACAAAGUGAUUAUACUUAUAACAUAUUGUUACAAGCAUAUAUGAAGAUGCAAGAUUUUGUGGCUGUAAAGGAAAUUUUGAGGAAAAUGGAGAAGGAUGGUUUUGAUCUCAAUCUGACUAGUUAUACACUUCUGAUUAAAGGAUAUUCAACUUUUGGCGAUCUUGUAGAGGUUGAGAGGUUAUUUAAGGAAAUAGAAGAGAAGGGUAUAGAGCCAAAUGUUCAUUUAUUCACCUCCAUGAUUAGUGGUUACAGUAAGUUAGGUAAUGUUAUGAAGGCAUUUUCAACGUUCGUUGAAAUGGUGGAGAGAGGCCUCAUUCCUGAUGGUCACACAUAUGGAGCUUUGAUAAAUGGCUUCUGCAAGGCUGGACUAAUGCAAGGAGCUGAAGUUUUACUAAAUGAGAUGCAAGGAAAGGGAAUUAGUGUAGACCGGGUCAUAUUUAAUACGAUGAUGGAUGGUUACUGUAAGCAGGGUAAUGUGGAUGAAGCACUGAGGCUACAGACAAUUAUGGAGGGUGAAGGACAUCAGCCUGAUGCAAAUGCUUACAAUAUAAUUGCUACGGGCCUGCGUAAGCUAGAAUUGUAUGAUGAAGCAAAAAGUUUGUUGCUCUCGAUGGUGGAUCGAGGUGUAGCUCCAGAUACAAUUAGUUAUACAACUUUGAUCGAUAUUUAUUGCAAGCAGGGAAAUUUUGUGGAAGCAAAAAGGGCACUUAUUGAGAUGGAAACUAAGGGAAUUAAGCCUAACACGGCAACAUACACUACACUGGUAGAUGGUUAUUGCAAGCUAGGAAAAAUUGUUGACGCGAAAAGGAUACUUAGGGUGAUGGAAACUGCUGGAGUUAAGCCUAACACAACAACAAACAGUGUCUGUGCCCUGAUAGAUGGUUACUGCAAGCAGGGAAAUUUCAUUGAAGCAAAAACGGUAUUUAGUGAGAUUGGAACUAAGGGAGUUAAGCCUAACACAGUAACGUACACUGCCCUGAUAGAUGGUUAUUGUAAGGUGCGAAAUCCUGCUAAAGCUGAAAAGGUACUUGUUGAGAUGGAAACUAAGGGAGUUAAGCCUACUACGGUAACGUACACUGCCCUGAUAGAUGGUUGUUGCAAGGUAGGAAAUAUUGCUAAAGCAAUAAAGGUACUUAUUGAGAUGGAAACUAAGGGAGUGAAGCCUAACACGGUAACGUACACUGCCCUGAUAGAUGGUUGUUGCAAGGUGGGAAAUAUUGCUAAAUACACCUCACUUGUACAUAGGGAAUGCAAAUCAGGAAAGGUAGAUGAUGCUCUGAAGCUUUUCAACGAGAUGCCUACAAAGGGUUUAGUUCCGAAUGUUGUGACUUACACAGCAGUGAUUUCUGGCUUAUCAAAAGAAGGCAGAUCAGGUGAAGCCCUCCGAUUAUACAACCAGAUGAUAGAGGCAGGCGUAAUACCCGAUGCUGCUGCAUACUCUGCACUUAGAAAAAAGUCGAUGCUUUGAAGCUUUCGAUCGAGAUUCUUACAAAGGAUUUAGUUCCAGAUCGGACUUGGUGACUUACGCAAUGAUGAUUUCUGGCCUAUCAAAAGAGUAUACAAUCAGAUGAUAGAGGCAGGCCUAACACUCGGUGUUACAUACCCUGCACUUGUGGAUAUACUAUCUUGACAUCCUGCAGAAAUUCGGUGUGCCUAGGUUGUUACUGCAGAUCUUAGUGUUGUCCACGGACAUUGUCUGCUAUAAACUCAAGGUUGAUAUCGAUUUGAUCAGCCAAAGAAGAGCAAAAGUGCAGCUCAGAUUUUAGCUGCUUGAUUUCCUUCAUUUAGACUAUGAUCUAAGAAGACUGGAGCUCGAUGACAUCUGGUGGAUCAAUUUACACCAGAACAAGCAUUUUUUUGGAAGUCUUUACAAAAUUUAGCAAAGACUCUAGUUUUAUCUUGCCUACAAUACAAGAUUGACAACUAUACCCACAGGCUUGCCACAGAUUUCCCAGUUAGUUGUUGCCUUGUAAAAUACUCUGGAUCAAGUAAUAAAAAACUUCCUUCCGCUGCUUGAUCAAUUUCUGGACCAAUUCUUGAUAGUCCCAAAAUCAAAAACAUUAGCCUUGAGAUUUUCAUCUAGCAGUAGGUUUGGAGAUUUGACGUCAAAGCAAGUAAUUGCCUGCUGAAAAGUAUGAAGAUAAUGAAGUUCUGAUCCUACAGGAAUUUCAAGUCUUUGCAUUCAACUUCAAAUUUAGAAGGUUUGAGACAUACAGAUGAUCCUUAAAGUCGUAAGUAAUAAUCUUCUCAUUCUUUUAAUCGCAGUACUCAAUGAUAUACCUUUGCAUUUUUCCAACCUUGGUGAUACAUGUAUAUAUCCUACAUGGAUAAGAGUAUAUAGAGAAGAUCCAAUUACAAUUGAGUAGAACGGCGAGUUGUAAACCCUGAAGAGCUUGUUGAAAGAGAAGUGUUGAUGAAGAUGCUGAGCUAUGAAGACAAUGUUGAAAGAAUUUAAGAGGAAGUAGAGCAUGACAUGAAUACUACAUUUAUGUCACAUUCUAAUGAUAUGUUCAGUUCCUUUGUCAACAAACUUCAGAAUCAGUUGUAAAACGAAGGGAAGUGUAUUAAACAUUGUUGUAUAUUUUGGAAAUUCUUAUGCUUUUGUUUAGGAAUAUUAUGUGAUGUGAAAUAAUCACAUUCGUUUUUUU